AUGGCGCGCGAAGGCUCUGGCAACAGUAACGACGGUUACAGCCAGCGGACCCCAACCGACGAUAAAUCACCACCUGGUAGUGAUGACGACACUCCUCGGCCAGGGUCCGCAGCCGACAACAAGAAGAAACACAGAAGAAAUCGCACCACAUUCACCACUUACCAGCUACACGAGUUGGAGAGAGCGUUUGAGAAAUCACACUACCCUGAUGUAUAUUCAAGAGAAGAACUUGCCAUGAAGGUCAAUCUACCCGAAGUUCGAGUACAGUCAUAA